AAAGACACAGGAAGAGUACAGGUCCCAGGAGGCGGGGUUUGCAGCACCCGAGGUCGCGAUGGCUACCGAGCCCGAUCCCCCUGUGGCCGCCUCAGCUGGCGAGCCUGCGGUGCCGUCGCUUGUGGAUCGUUACUUCACUCGCUGGUACAAAGCGGAUGUCAAAGGAAAACCCUGUGAGGACCACUGUAUACUCCAACACUCUAACCGAAUAUGUGUCAUCACACUGGCAGGAUCCCAUCUAGUUCUUCAAAGUGGAAAAGCAAUUAAAAGCAUUUCCUAUCAAAUCAGUACCAACUGUAGCAGACUUCAGAACAAAGUCUCUGGGAAAUUUAAGCGGGUAUGUUCCUGUAUU